GCGGAGUCGAUGCUUAUAAAGUCUAGCUACGUUGUCCUAUUCAGUCACCUGUGUGCUAUUACACUUAACUGCUCGAGAACAGAGCAUACGGGAGGACAAAAUACGAAUUAUCGCUACAUCGGAAGGACUGACGCCGGAAGAUACACAUAUCUACUGUCGCUAUAGAAGCAGGCUCACAGUCAAAUCCUCAACUUGUGGAUUGAUGUAGUCAGUAGCAACAAUAUAGCGUAAUGGGAAUGGAAUGUAAAUUCUAGGCUAUACUAGACUGGAGGCCUGCAGCAUCCUCCUUUAAAAGUGGAGCGUCCUCAGUGCUGGUAGAUUCUCCUCCGAACGCACACACCCCUUGUGAAUUUGACCAGAUGGUGGAUACUACAGCGUCCAUGUAGACCGCAAACCAAAGGAUAGUGUUUUUAUUGCCCUUCUGUUACUUUAAACCUUGACUUUUCAGUUUUUCUUCACUUUUGAACGAGUAGUUCUGUUUAGCACUCGCAAUGAGUAUGGGUACAGGUGUCAUGGAGGCAGCGGACAUAGCUGUGGUGGCUCUGUACUUCAUCCUGGUGCUGGGCAUCGGGUUCUUCGCCAUGUGGAAGGCCAACCGCAGCACAGUGAGUGGAUACUUCCUGGCGGGACGCUCCAUGACAUGGAUGGUGAUCGGAGCGUCGCUGUUUGUCAGUAACAUUGGCAGUGAACACUUCAUAGGCCUGGCCGGGUCGGGAGCAGCCAGUGGCUUUGCUGUGGGAGCAUGGGAGUUUAACGCUCUUCUCCUGCUGCAGCUGCUGGGCUGGGUCUUCAUACCUGUGUAUAUCCACUCUGGGGUGUACACCAUGCCGGAGUACCUCUCCAAACGCUACGGAGGCAAUAGACUAAAGGUGUACUUUGCUGCCCUUUCUGUGCUGCUCUACAUCUUCACCAAGAUCUCUGUGGACUUAUAUGCCGGGGCGCUUUUCAUCCAGGAGUCGUUGGGCUGGAACCUCUAUCUGUCCAUCAUCCUGCUCAUCAGUAUGACCGCAGUGCUUACAGUCACUGGUGGCCUGGUCGCAGUCAUGUACACGGACACCCUCCAGGCCGUGCUGAUGAUCGGUGGAGCUCUCAGCCUGACCAUCAUCAGCCUGAUCAAGGUCGGCGGUCUUGAAGGGGUUCGGACCAAGUACAUGCUAGCUGUCCCAAAUAUAACAGCUAUCCUGGCCAGUGGGAACUUCACCUACUCGGCUUCCUGCCGCAUUGAGCCCAAGCCAGAUUCCCUGCGGCUCCUCCGGGGCCCGCUGGAUGAGGAUAUCCCCUGGCCUGGCUUCCUUCUGGGCCAAACCCCAGCCUCCAUCUGGUACUGGUGUGCCGACCAGGUCAUCGUCCAGAGGGUGCUGGCUGCUAAGAACAUUGCCCAUGCCAAGGGCUCCACGCUGAUGGCUGGCUUCCUGAAGGUCCUGCCCAUGUUCAUUAUCGUCAUCCCCGGGAUGAUCUCCCGGAUCCUGUUUGCGGAUGAGAUUGCCUGCAUCGGGCCAGAGCACUGCCUGGCUGUUUGCGGCUCUAAGGCGGGUUGCUCCAAUAUCGCGUAUCCGCGGCUGGUCAUGUCAGUGAUGCCCGUGGGACUGCGAGGGCUGAUGAUGGCUGUGAUGAUUGCAGCUCUCAUGAGUGAUCUGGACUCUAUCUUUAACAGUGCUAGCACCAUCUUCACCCUGGACAUCUACCAGAGCGCAAGGCGUAGUGCAUCCCAGAAAGAGCUACUGUUGGUGGGCCGGCUGUUCGUGGUGUUCAUGGUGGUCAUCAGUAUCGCCUGGAUCCCUGUCAUCAUCGAGAUGCAGGGUGGCCAGAUGUAUCUCUACAUACAGGAAGUAGCUGGAUACCUCACCCCGCCCAUCGCCGCCCUCUUCAUGCUGGGCGUGUUCUGGAAGCGUUGCAAUGAAAGAGGUGCAUUCUGGGGCGGUAUGACCGGAUUCGUGCUGGGUACCACCCGGCUGAUUCUGGCGUUUAUUUAUCGCGAGCCUCCCUGUGACCGGCCAGACGACAGGCCUUUCUUCAUCACACAUGUCCACUACAUGUAUGUGGCUGCUGGGCUGUUCUGGGUAUCUGGACUGGUGGCUGUGGUCGUCAGUCUCUGCACCCCUCCUCCGGAUGAGGAGCAGAUUCGCACCACCACAUUAUGGGGCCUGCGUAACAUUGGAAAGCUUCCCCCCAAAGACCGUGAGGAGAUGUACAAGCUGACAGAUAAGAGCCCUGUGCAGUUGAAUGGGAAUGGAGACUUCUAUAAGGAUCUGCCCCCAGACAUCUGUAGAGCUAGGUGUCUAGAGGGGGAGGACGUCACGUUGCUAACGCCGCCUAAUGACCAUGACUCCACGACCCCCAGCUCAGAGACAACCCCAGGAACGACUCCAGCAACGCCCGCCAACCAGUUUGAUAAUAGUCACGCAGGGCUCAUGCAUGCAGAGGAAGGUUGUUGUUGGGAGGGUGGGAGGGGCAUGCGUCUGUUGGAGUGGUUCUGUGGGUUUAAAGAAGCAGCAUACAAUGCCCAUCCCAAAAGGACAGAAGAGGACGAGAGAGCCAUCAUAGAGAUGCUGUAUGAACCACCCAGAACCAAACUGCUGCUCAACAGUGGGCUGUUUCUGGUCUGCUCGUUGGGAAUAUUCCUGUUUGUCUACUUCUCUCUCUAGACUGGACCAAAUUAGGGGUUGUUGGGGAUUGUUUCAAAGGCACAGUUACAAUUUUCUAAGAUUUGAUGUGAAUCUGAAGAAUUUACAGCGCAUCUUCUGAAAAAUGAUUCACUGAGCUUUUUGAAGUCAUUCUUUCGAAAUGAUUGAAGCUUCUCCCCCUUGUUACAUUAAAAUAAUCAAACUCCAAAGCAUUUUGUGUUCUCCUAAUAGUGCUCUUCAGAUGUGCCAUAUACUUAUAUGCUACUGUAUGACUACUAGAUGCUUAUCAGCAUAUGUGAAUAAGAUGAAGUAUGAAUUCAUUGUUUAUUAGAGAUGAUUAAUCUGCCUCUGUGUUAUUCCAAAACCCUUUUGAUUGUUUUUUUUUCUUCUUUUUUUUGUAGUGCAAUUUUAAGAAACCUGCUCAAGGCCUUUUUGUUAUAAUAUAUAAUACAGUGCCUACGGAAAGUAUUCAGACCCCUUGACUUUUUCACAUUUGUUAGGUAACAGCCUUAUUCUAAAAUGAAUUAAAUUAUUUUUUCCCUCAAUCUACACACAAUUCCUCAUGACAAAGGGAAAAACAGGUUUUUGAAGAUAAAAAAAUCUUUAAAAAAUGAAAGCACACAUUUGCGUAAGUAUUCAGACCCUUUACUCAGUACUUUGUUGAAUCACCUUUGGCAGUGAUUACAGCCUUGAGUAUUCUUGGGUAUGAUGCUACGAGUUUGGCACAUUUAUAUUUGGGAAAUUUCUCCCAUUCUUCUCUGCAGAUCCUCUCAAGCUCUGUCAGGUUGGAUGAGGAGCGUUGAUUUACAGCUAUUUUCAGGUCUCUCCAGAGAUGUUCAAUUGGGUUCAAGUCCGGGCUCUGGCUGGGCCACUCAAGGACAUUCAGAGACUUUUCCGAAGCCACUCCUGCGUUGUCUUGGCUGUGUGCUUAGGGUCAUUGUCCUGUUGGAAGGCGAAUCUUUGUCCCAGUCUGAGGUCUUCUGGAGCAGGUUUUCAUCUGUACUUUUCUCCAUCUUUCCCUCGAUCCUGACUGUCUCCCUGUUCCUGCCGCUGAAAAACAUCCCCACAGCAUGAUGCUGCCACCAUCAUGCUUCACCGUAGGGAUAGUGCCAGGUUUCCUCCAGACGUGACACCUGGCAUUCAGGUCAAUCUUGGUUUCAUCAGACCAGAGAAUCUUCUUUCUCAUGGUCAGAGUCCUUUAGGUGCUUUUUGGCAAAUUCCAAGCGGGCUGUCAUGUGCGUUUUUUUUUUUUUUUACUGAGGAGUGGCAUCCGUCUGGCCACUACCAUAAAGGCCUGAUUGGUGGAGUGCUGCAGAGAUGGUUGUCCUUCUGGAAGGUUCCCCCAUCUCCACAGAGGAGCUCUGUGAGAGUGGCCAUCAGGUUCUUUUUCACCUCCCAGACCAAGGCCUAUCUCUCCCGAUUCCUCAGUUUGGUCAGGCGGCCAGCUCUAGGAAGAGUGGUUCCAAACUUCUUCCAUUUAAGAAUGAUGGAGGCCACUGUUCUUGGGGACCUUCAAUGCUGCAGAAAUGUUUUGGUACCCUUAACCUAGAUCUGUACCUUGACGCAAUCCUGUCUCUGAGCUCUAUUAGCAAUUCCUUCCACCUCAUGGCAUGGUUUUUGCUUUGACUUGCACUGUCAACUGUGGGACCUUUUAUAUAGACGUGUGUGCCUUUCCAAAUCAUGUCCAAUUACUUGAAUUUACCAUUGGUGGACUCCAAUCACGUUGUAGAAACAUCUCAAGGAUGAUCAAUGGAAACAGGAUGCACCUGAGCUCAAUUUCGAGUCUCAUAGCAAAAGGUCUGAAUACUUAAGGUAUUUCUGUUUUUUAUAUUAUUAUAUUUUACUUUUAUGGGGUAUUUUACUUUUAUGGGGUAUUGUGUGUAAAUUGAGGAUUUUUACCAUUUUAAUUUAAUACAUUUUAGAUUAAGGCUGUAAAGUAACACAAUUUGGAAAAAGUUACAGGUUCUGAAUCCUUUCUGAUGGUACUAUAUAUGCCAUUUAGCAGACUCUUUUAUCCAAAGCAACCCACUAUCAUGCAAACAUUUUACGUCGUGGUGGGCCUGGGAAUUGAACCCAAUAUCCUGGCGUCGCAAGCGCUAUGCUCUACCAACUGAGCUACGGAGGACCAACUGGAAGUUAUGCAGGGACUAUGCAGUGUUAUGCAAGGGCCACCGCAUAGUGACACUAAAGCAUCACGCUCUACCACCAUUUAGAUGGGGAAUAAAACUCCUGAAGUGUGAUUUAAAAAAAUAAAAAAUAAAUUAUUUUAUUUUUAUUCCUAUUAGCUUUAUACGUUGUUUGCAAAUGUGGUGUGGAUAUGGUUGCAAAUGCUUUGAGUUUUUACAAAAAUAUUUUUGUUUUCAUGUUUGGACAGUUACUUUUCAUUUACAAUUCUUAAGAAUACCUAGGUGAGUUGCUGUAGAGUAGAUGUCAAAAUAAUUGUAUUGUUAAAUAUGUUUGACAAUUGACGUGUGUAUUUUUGCACUGUAUUGUAGCGUUGCAAAUAAUUUAACAUAUCAAUUAAUGCUCAUGGUUACACUUUCAUAAUGUGUGUAUGAUUAGGCUAGCUACUGUUUGGAUUUUCUCACGGUGUUUGACUGAAUAAUGUUUUUCUUUUAAGGUUAUUGUUGUGAAAUUGUUCAGUAAGCUACUUUGUUAAUUUGGUGAUUAAACCACACGAGCCCAGUUGUUUAAAAAAAAUAAUUAUUGUUUACCCUUUUUAUAUAUUCAUGAAUUUGUUGCUGUAUUUUUAAAUGGCUUAUAAUUUUAUCUGAUUUGAGCGCAUACUGUAUUUCAUAGAAAUGUAUUCUUACCAAAUGUGUCUUCGUGUGCAAUGCUAAAGCAAAUCAAUAGCCGAUCUAUGAAGAUUGACAUGUGAUUUUCAGACGUGGUGUUUUUUUAUUUUGCAAAUGUAGGCAUAGCUAACCAUCCCCUGUUCCGAGUCUGAUUUAAUGGACGAUUUUUGUAUAUAUAUAUAUAUAUAUAUAUAUAUAUAUAUAUCUGAGAAUCAGGUAGACUGCAUUGAGAAGAAGAGAUUUGUUUGUUUUUCUUAGAAAUAUAUAUAAUACUAUUUUUACAGAUUUUAUUUUUUAGAAAGAAAUCAACAAAUAAAGUUCCUGUGGAAAAUAAUAAACUGGUGUUGAAUGUAUUUUAUUUGUAUUGUCCUCACACAUUAAAAAGGGUAUA